AAAAAAAAGAGGGCCUGUAGGCUGCCACUGAUUCAUAGGCCCAUACUCUAUUCAUUUAAUCCAAGACCUGGGAAAGUUUAAAAGGGCCCAAAUCAUUUUGAACUUUUAUGCUUAUCCAUCCAUUUGGUCAUUCGGGGUUUCAGGAAUGGAAUUAGGCCCAUCCACCCAUCUGACAACGGCCUCACCAAAUUGGGUUGAAAGCCUGCUCUGUGUCGUCUUCUUCGCUGUUCUUCUUUCCUCCCCCGGUCUCCGUCCAUAGCUCAUCAGAGUCAGAGCUCCUAACACCGUUUAUGAUUUCCACAUAUAAUUACACAAAUCCAAAUCGCGCGCGGAUAAAUUAAUUGUCUCCUGUCCUGGCUGUAGAAAGUUACAGUUUUACUCCAGUGAUUGACUCGUCCAGGGUACUGUCAUUUUUGGUUGAUUCGGUGAAGAUGAUGGGGGAUCCGGCGAGGUCAAAUCUCGAGAAUUUGGUACUGGAUGAGAUCACACCAGUUGUUAUGGUUCUCAGUACUGAGCUUGUUGAGCAGGCGUCGGGAAGAAAUGGCAUCUCAUUCGUUCAAAUGCUCAGGCCUUUCUGCGUAUUCAACAACAUUGACGUGCCCGUGAGGACCGCCAGUGAUCAGCCUUAUAGGCUGCAGAAAUUUAAUCUGCGUUUGUUUUGCGCUUCCGACAUUCGGCAGCCCAAUAUAGAGGCUGCAAAAGAUCGGAUAAAACAAGUCAUAACUGAAGCUGGAGAAAAGGAUUUUCAAGCUGUGUCUUCAGACCCUCUCCCAACUGAGAAUAUUACUGCAAACCAUGGAGAGACAGUUUUACCAACGUGGUUUCAAAUGUUCAACAAAGAGCUGGUGCGAUCAGUUUCUUUUGCGGAACAUGAAACUUUUGACCAUCCAGUGGCAUGUCUUUUGGCUGUGUCCUCAAAGGAUGAAGAUCCUAUCAACAAAUUUGUGGAUCUUUUCAAUGCUAACAAGCUACCGUCUCUCAUUAAUGAUGGCGUGAUGGAUCCAAAGAUUCUUAAGCAUUUUGUGCUGGUGCAUGAUUAUGAAGAUGGUGAACCAGAAAGAGCCAACCAAGUACUGUCACAAAUGAAGUCUUCAUUUGGGGCAAAUAAUUGCCACUUGCUGUGUAUAAACUCGUCUCAAGAAGGUUCAGUUGAGCAUCAAGAAAACCCUUGGGCGGGUUUGAAAAAUGAUGUGUCCACUGUUCAGAAGCUUGGUUGCUUCCUUAGUUCAGAAGAUAUGAAUGAGUUAAAAAACCUUAUGCAAGACAUGUCAUCCAAACACAUCAUUCCCUACAUGGAGCAAAAAAUACGAGCUUUAAAUCAGCAGGUUUCUGCAACAAGGAAAGGCUUUAGAAAUCAAAUAAAAAACUUAUGGUGGAGAAAAGGAAAGGAAGAUGUGCCAGAUAAUCCCAUUGGCACAACGUACAAUUUUAACUCCAUGGAGUUUCAAAUAAGACUUUUGGGGGACUAUGCAUUCAUGCUACGCGAUUAUGAUCUUGCCUUCUCAAAUUACAGAUUGAUUUCAACCGACUUUAAACUUGAUAAAGCUUGGAAACACUAUGCUGGUGUUCAGGAAAUGAUGGGACUAUCUUACUUCAUGAUGGAUCAACAAAGAAAAGAUGCUGAAAAUUACAUGGAAACUGCAUUUAGCACAUAUUCUAAAUUAGGUUCAUCCGGUCAACGAAAUGCGACACGAUGUGGUCUGUGGUGGGUGGAAAUGUUGAAAGUUAGGGAUCAGUAUAAAGAUGCCGCCAGUGUUUACUUCCGAAUCUCUGGUGAGGAACCCUUGCAUAUGGCUGUGAUGCUUGAGCAAGCUUCUUAUUGUUACAUUUCGUCAUCACCACCUUCCUUGCGAAAGUAUGGCUUUCAUCUCGUUCUGUCAGGUGAUCUCUACAAGAAAUGUGAUCAGAUAAAGCAUGCAAUCCGCACAUAUAGAAGUGCUCUUUUGGUGUUCAAAGGAACUACAUGGAAACAUAUCAGGGAUCAAGUGCAUUUCCAUAUUGGAAAGUGGUAUGCUUUUCUUGGGCUAUUUGAUGUGGCUGUUGAACAUAUGCUGGAAAUAUUGGCCUGUGGUCAUCAGUCAAGGUCCACACAGGAGUUGUUCUUAAGGGAUUUCUUCCAAAUAGUGCAGAAAACAGGGAAGACGUUUGAUGUACCAAAACUUCAGUUGCCUGUCAUAAACAUCAGUUCGCUGGAGGUUUUCUUUGAAGACCAUCGAACUUAUGCAUCAGAAAUGGCUGCUAGUGUUAAAGAGGGUUUAUGGCACUCGAUGGAAGAAGAUAUGAUUCCUUCAUUGUCAUCUAUGAAGAGUAACUGGUUGGAAUCACAUGGCAAUAGCUUCCAGAGGAAACAUAAAGAAUCGAAUGUAUGUGUUGCUGGAGAGGCAAUUAAGGUCGAUGUUGAAUUCAAAAACCCACUGCAAAUUCCAAUUUCGCUCUCUGGUGUUGCCCUGAUAUGUGAGCACACUCCAGUAUCUGAUCAAACGAGUCCUGGUUUGAGUAGUUCAGUUGGCAACACGGAGUUGAAAAAGCCAGUCACCGAUGAGAAGUACAACGCCGCCACUUCUUCAUUUCUUGCCUCUGAGACUGAUUUACAACUCGGUGGUGGGGAAUCAAUUCUGGCACAACUGAUAGUCACCCCCAAUAUUGAGGGCACUCUUGAAAUAGUCGGUGUGCGGUGGAAACUUUCUGGUUCUGUUUCUGGAUUUUGUAGAUUUGGCUCCGACCUUUUCAAAAAGAAAGUUCCCCGGGGAAGAAAGAAGUCAAGAAAAUCUUUCAAUUAUCUCAAGUUCUUCGUGAUCAAGAAUCUUCCCAAGCUGGAGGGUAUCUUGCAUCACAUACCUGACACAGUUUACGCUGGGGAUAUGCGGCGCCUCUCUUUGGAAUUAAGAAAUCCAUCUAAUAUUCCUUUGAAGAACUUGAAGUUGAAGGUUAACAAUCCAAGAUUUUUGAAUGUUGGAGACCAAAUUGACAUGCAAACAGAAUUUCCUGUUUGCCUGGAAAAGAGGCAUAGUGGUACAGAAGGUCAUGUAAUCAUGAAGACUAAAGCAUCACAUUCCGUUUUUUCAUUUCCACAGAGCAUGGUUGUUUGCGGGGAUUCUCCGGUUCAGUGGCCUCUCUAUUUUCGGGCUGCUGCCCCUGGAAAACUUUCUUUGUACGUAACAAUAUAUUAUGAGGUGGGCGAUACAUCAAGUGUUAUGAAAUAUCGUGUUCUACGUAUGCAUCACAAUCUAGAGGUGCUUCCUUCGCUGGAUUUAUCCUUCCAUAUAAGCCCUAAUCCAUCAAGAUUGCAAGAAUUUCUUGUGCGGAUGGACAUAAUUAACAGGACAAGUUCCGAGCAUUUCAAGGUUCACCAACUAUCUUCUGUCGGAAAUGAUUGGGAAAUCUCAUUGCUUCAACCAAUGGAUUCUGUCUUUCCUUCAGACAUUUUAACCGCUGGUCAAGCACUAUCUUGCUUUUUCAAGCUCAAGGAUUGUAGGAAGUGGGAAAAUGGUGAAGACAAUCCCUCUUCUAUCAGGACUUCCGAGAGAGCAGACAUUAGGUUAAUCCAUGACAAUAAUGAACGGCUUUUCGAUAUAUCGAGGUCACCUUUAGUCGAUUUCCACCAAUACGAAAGAAUGCAUCAGAGACCAUCAGAUCAGGAUGAUCAAAUUUCAGUUGACUUCAUAGUGUUGUCCCAGUCACGCGAUGACAAACAACCUGCUUCAAAUCUCUUCUCUCAUCAUGCUUGCCAUUGCAGUGUUUCCAGUGCAAGUCCCAUAUGGUGGCUGAUUGAAGGCCCUGGAACUAUCAGGCACAAUUUUGCUACGGAUUUCUGCGAAGUAAAAUUGAAAAUGACUGUCCAUAACUCUUCCCGCGCCACUGCAUUUGUGUACAUAAGCACACAGGAUUCCCCGAAUAUCAACUCCAUAAGCAGCACGGGGGCUUCUGUUUCUUCUGCAAAUGAAGCUGGCUGGCAUGAGUUAACUAUGCUAAAUGAAGUUAAGGUGACGUCUGACCUUACUGGAAGCCGUAUUGGGAAGCUGCUCUCACCAGCAUCUGUUGCUCCGUUCAUUUGGUCUGGUUCAAGCUCUAGUCGUGUCAAACUUGAGCCCCUAUCCUCUACCGAGGUUACUCUCCAGAUCUGCGUUUUUGCUCCUGGCACGUAUGAUGUAUCAAACUACUCGUUGCACUGGAAUCUAGGUCGAGAUGACAAAGGGGCUGGAUUGACACCGUCGUCUGGGACAUGCCAGGGUCACACGUAUUAUGUGACAGUGUUGCAACAAGAUUGAAAGUUUUGGAUAGUUACUAUACGAAACUGUCAUACAGAACAGUUUCACAUUUCUGUACCCUUAUAUCACUGGCAGCAUUUAAUUUUGCAAUUACCGAUUGGCAAGAAAGAAGAAGAAAAGCCAUUUUACGGGGGAAAGGAGUUGUCUUAGGGUCGGGCAACGGUGUUUGAUCUGAAGUCACUUUUUAAAACUUGAACGCAUAUUGUCUUUUUCUUUUCAUACAAAACAUUAUCAAAAUAUCUCAUUCCCCAUAAGUUGCCAGCAAACUUGAUCACUUAGUAGUAUCAGUGAACAGCAGCAGGACAAUGAUAAAUUGCAAGUUGAUGAUGGCAGAGCAUCUUCUAGUUGACUGUAUUUCUUGAGAUGGGAACGCCAUUUGGAGUACUAUUUUUUUUACUGUAUUUAUGAGAUGGAAACGCCAUUUGGAGUACUAAUUUUGCGUACAGCAAUUAAAUAAUUUCCCUGGAAUAGUUCCAAAAAGGCAGAAUCUUUAUAGAUUCUUCACCUGCGAUAAGUAAAUUCCAAAUGUGUGAUCUUUCAACUACAAAUUGAGGAAAUGACAAAUAAGAGAAGACGCCAGCCAGCUUGAUGGUUGGCUUCAUGUAGUGGGAGUAUUGUUUAAAUAAAGAAGAAGGGAAACAAAACGGGAGGAUCAGUGAUUAUGGCGGAACAUUAGGAAGAAGCCAAAAGAUAGUCACGAACAAGAGUUUAGUUGGACUGAUGUGGAAGGAUCAGAAGAAAAGGAAUUAAAUACUCACAUAAAUUGUGAUUCUAAAUAACCUUUUUAUGCCAUAAAAGGGCCUUUUGUUUUCCCCUAGAGAAAAAAAAGUUGAGUUAUAUAUCCAGUAAAUUUGCUGAAAAGCAACUAACUCCCAUGAAGAACAGUCAGCUUAACCAAAUGCAGCUAGCAAAAGGACUUAAAAAAAAAUCAAUCAUACACUAGCAAAAUUUUGAAUUAUAUAAAUUCCAACCCGAAGUAUCAACAGCAUCUAAAACGGUAGCAGUACCCCCCACCCCCACACACACAAAACCACGUACACGGUACAUCACCCUUCCUCUCAAUCUCCAUCCUAUAACGACAACUAACCUAACUUUGACCCUUUCAAAAGAAGUAAAUCGGAAAUGAAUACCACCACUUGACACAGAAAAUUCUGAAUGUAAUAUUCCAUUUUUGACCAAAAGAAAAAACUCAAUACAGUAUGGAUCAUCAAACCAAAAAAUUUUAAAAAAUAAAAAUAAUAUAGUACGAGAAAACCAAAGUUGACCGAAUCUCAUCAUUUCUUCCAUGGCUGGAUGGAAAGAACAACAAUCAAGAUGAUGAUGAGGAGGAGGAUGAUAGCAAAGCAAGUCCAUUUCCUGGUAUUCUUCUGAUGCUUCCUGGCCGUCUCAAGUUGCUGUCUUCCAUCCGAAACAAACGAACUCGCCCUUUGAACCGCGCUCUCAAUAUCAUCAAUCUGAGCCCCCUGAGUCUUCACCAGCACAUCCAUAUCCAAGAAAACCUGAUGCAAUUCAUUCAAAUUCCUCUCAAUUUCCUUCACCGCGUCGUGCCUUUCCUGAAUUUCCAUAAUUGUAUCCAUAAUUUGACCCCUGCCCUGCUGCUGAAUCGCCUUCUGCAAGAAUGUUUCACUCUGCCCUGUUGAGAUUAACGAAUCCAGUACGGCCUCAUCUGGGUUUUCUCCGGUGACGGUGUAAUACCGUCUCUGAACAGUUUCUCGGUACUCUCCGGCCAUUCUCUGGCGCAAAUCGGUGAACUGAUUCAUCUGAUCAUGAAGCUUUUUCCUCAGCCCGUUGACUACAGAGGUCCGGGUACGAUCCGAUGAACUUCCGGGUCCGCAACCGGGGAUGCUCCGGUUAGCGGCGUUGGACCGGUCUAAGGCUUCCAAUCGGACCUUGAUGAACUUGGCCUUCUUCAGUGACAGAGAAACAUCGUUGUCCAUCUUGGACCGGAGGUCUUUAACGGCUUUGGCGUUGUGCAGAGUCUUGCUCUGUUCGUGGGCGGCCUGAAGCUGGCCGUAAAGGGUCUCCAGGUCAUUGAGUUCCUCUUUAAUGGCGUCCACGUCUUCGAAGAACUUGUCCAGUUUGACGCCGUUGGUGUUGCUCAUCUCAAUUACGUGGGAUUCCGGCGGCGGAGAUUGAUCUUGGUUGCGGAACCGAGAGAAGGAGCCUGAGAAAAGAUCGUUCAUUUCUUCUGGCUUUACUACUAGUAGGACUAUAUAAUCAAGGAAAAAAAAAAGUGAUGGGAUCAGACGGUGAUGAUCCGAUCAGCGAUGAAUGCGGGUUAGGUGAGAGAGUUUAUGGGCUUAAUGAGUUAAUGGGACCUUUGAUCCUUUUGUCGGGUGAAGCAAAAAAUAAAAUUUUUUGUUGGUUGGGUUUAGAUUAUUUAUACUACUAGCUAGGAUUAGUUCAAAGGAAGGGAAAAUAUUGGAAAAUAAAGAAGGAGAUGAAGAAGAAGACUUGCUUCUGAUAAAAGAAAGAAAAAUAUGAGGGAGGGAAAAAACGCGGGGGCGGGGACUGGGUGAGAUUCUUCCCAAUGGCGGCCUGGUCUCUUCUCCUAUAGGCUAUGAUUAUAACAUUGUUAUAUAAUUACUGAAUAUUCAUUGAAUUAAAUUGAUAAUGGUGGGGGGUAUUUGAAGAAAAGACGGGUCAAAAUGAAGUCACUUUUAUUGAUUAAGUUCGUGUUGAACUACUCUUUUCUUCUGUAGUCUGUACUAAUAUAUAUAACUAUUAUAGAAAGGAAAAGUCAAAAUGAUGUUUCUAUAAGUUCGUGUGUGUGUGUGUGUGUGUGUGUGUGUGUGUGUGAAAGAGGGAGAGAGGAAAUGUGAUGGAAGGUGAGAGAAUGGGCAUUGGAGUAUUGGACAGGAGGCGAAUUGGUCAUCAACUCAGUCACAAAGUCGUCGUAGGUAAAAGUAGUCACGGAUGAUUAAUCUAAACGUUAACUCAUUCUUUAAAAUGAGGUAAAAGUUAAAAUUUUACAUGGUUGAUAAUCAAGUACUACAGCAGAACGGCAAUU